AUGGUGCAGGACCUUGCCAUGGUGACACUGGCCACCGCCCAUUCGGUCACAGCUGCCUGCUGUGGACUGCAGAAGUCCAGGCUGUCCCAGAUGCUGGCAGUGCCAUUGGCGCCUUGGAUGAGCGAAACUGACGAGUUCCUGUUCCUGGAUGGUGUGCUGCAGAAACCAGCAGUGAAUGUGAAGAAAAUGGAGAAUUUGAAGAUAAAGAAAGAGAAGAAGCAGAAGCAAAAGCUCACGGAAAAGUGGAAACACACAGACAAGACAGAUGCCAAGGAUCUAGCCUUGCUGCGGCAGUGCCUGGGACCUGGCUGUGUGUAUCCCACCCGGCCAGGCUCCAAGUACUGCUCGGACGCCUGUGGCAUGAAACUGGCAGCUGACCGCAUCUAUGAGAUUCUGCCCAAGCGCAUCCAGCAGUGGCAGAAGAGCCCCUGCAUUGCUGAGGAGCACGGCAAAAAAAUGCUUGAGCGCAUCCACCGUGAGCAGCAGGACGCUCACACCCGCCUGAAGGACAUGGAGUGCCAUUUCCAUGAACUUGAGGCCAUAAUUCUGCGUGGCAAGCAGCAGGCUGUGUGCAAGGAUGAGGAGACCAACAAAAGUAACAGGAACAACGUAAACCUGCAGAUCUUCUGUGUCUCCUGCGGGCAGUCAGUCAGCGUGCGUGUUGCCCUGCGCCACAUGGAACACUGUUUUGCCAAGUAUGAGUGCAAGUCGUCCUUCGGGUCCAUGUACCCCACUUGCAUUGAAGGGGCCACAAGGCUCUUCUGUGAUGUUUACAACCCAAAGAGUAAGAGGUACUGUAAACGGCUUCAGGUGCUGUGCCCUGAGCACUCAAGAGAUACCAAGAUACCAGACGAUGAGGUGUGUGGUUGCCCACUAGUGCAUAAUGUCUUUGAGGUCACUGGUAAUUUCUGUUGUCUUCCCAAACGCUUAUGCAACCUCCACUACUGCUGGGAGAAGCUGAGGCGUGCUGAGGUGGACCUAGAGCGCCUUCGUGUGUUGCACAAGCUGGAAGAGCUAGUUGAGCAGGAGCACAAGGUGCGCACAGCUAUGACGAACCGGGCAGGGCUGCUGGCCCUGAUGCUUCACCAGACAAUCCAGCAUGACCCACUCACCACUGACCUGCGCUCCAAACCUGCCCUGUACAUUGAAGCCCCAGGUGGUCAUGAACAUUUCAUACUCGUAGGGCUGCCAGAAGAAGCCUGGGACCUCUGCCAUAUCUGCUUUGAUCAGGCCCCCAGCCAGGCCUCCCGUGCCAUGGAGGUGUGUCCGUGCUAUGUCCUAGGAGGCCUGCACACUCCCAAUUUCUUCCCCUUCUUCGCUCGUGAUCCAGAGUGCAGAUCCAAAGACCCCCCUCCUCCAGGAAGACCGCCCAAAAGAACGUCGCCACCCAUGCUCCCGGCCACUGAGACAGCUCCGCCGCUCUGCUCUGUGAGUUUAGAGGCUUCCUCACCCUCGGUACGGAAUGGUCACUCCUCCAACAUGGCGCACCCUACGGGGAAGCGCGACCUGGGCGCGGCCACGUUCCCCGCCUGGCAACGCGGCCUAGGGGCCCUGAACGCUCCAAAGCACCGAUUCCGUAACAUCCCCAUGUUGACUCUGGGCGGACAGCGGCUUCGAAUGUAG